AUGGCGAACAUGAUGAAGGCCUUGAGGGCGCGGUGGGGAGGGGAGGAACGAGCAGAAUUGGAAGCGGGAGACACGGGUGUUGAUGUUGAAAAGAGGGAACAGGUAGAGAAACUAAAGGAAGAGGUGAAACGGCUGAAACGGGAGCUGGAUAAUGAGAGGAAGAAGGUGAAAAGGGCGAAGCAGGCAAAGGAAGUGCUGAGGGAGAAGCUGAAGGAGAAGGAGAAGGAGUGCAGUGGGAAGGCGAAGGAGAUCAAGUUUCUGAAGGAGCGCGUACGGGUAGAGAGAGAACGUGCGGGGACAGAUACGUUGGAUAAGCGCGAUAACGAGCUGGAGAUGGCGAAGGACCGAGCAGCAACCAACCUAGACCACAAACACAGCACGCAGAAGAUGCAGCAUAUCAUCAUCGAUACAGAGUCCACCUUCAAACGGAAGCUGAACACAGAUGAGGACGCGCAGUAUACCCGAAAGGUCGCAUGCACUCAAGAUUCAUCCGGCAUCCAUAAGGAGAUGAAACUGCAGCACGUUCGAGGAGGCUCGGCUUGA